AUGUAUUGUCUAGUUCACCCUUGUUUGCAAAGAAGUUUGUGUCUGACAUCAAAAACCAAGUUGAAGUUUGUUUGCAUUUGUAUUGGCUUUGUUAUGCUGCUUGAUUUUUUUGGAGCAUUUACACAUUUUUUUGAAAUUACCUAUGAUUCAAAUUUUGUUUAUCCAUAUGAAGGUGAUGUACAUGAAUUUGUAAAUGCAUUACGACAUAAUGAAAAGCCUGCUAUUGAUCCUAUAAAUGAAUAUAAAUAUAAGUUUGUGAUCAAUAAUCCACAAAAAUGCAUAGAUACUGCAUAUAACACUUUUCGUGUUGUGUAUGUAGUAAAAUCUGCUAUAGAAAAUUUUGAGAGAAGAUUAACAAUUAGGAAUUCCUGGGGUUUUGAAAACAGAUUUUUUGAUGUACCUGCAAGAACAAUUUUUAUGUUGGGUGUACAUCCACAUGAUGAUGAACUUCAAGCAAGAGUAAAGAUUGAGGCUGCAAAAUAUAAAGAUGUGAUACAAGCAGAUUUUAUUGAUUCAUACUAUAAUAAUACUAUUAAAACUAUGAUGAGUUUUAAAUGGUUAGUAAAACAUUGUCCUAAUUCAAAAUUUUAUAUGUUUGUUGAUGAUGAUAUAUAUGUUUCUGUAAAAAAUGUUUUAAGAUUUGUAAGAAAUCCAGCUAACUAUCCAGAUUAUCUAAAAGAACCUAAGAAAUUUGGUGCUCAUAAAAGAACAAUUAAAGACAGUGAUAAAAGUGAAGAAUCUAGUAGCAACAGUAAUACACGAGAAAGUAUAUAUAAUUCCAAUAAAAAAGAUUUAUUUGUUCAUGGAAAGUUAAAAGAAACAACUUCUGCAAAUCUAAUUAUUCAUAGAUUAAAACAAAAUAAUUAUAACAAAACAUUAAACACAAUUUCUUUAGUUAACGAUUUUAAACAAAAUAAUAGUAUAAAAUUAGAAUUGGUUAACAAAGAAAAUAUGCAAAAUGGAUAUACAUUGAAUAGAACAAAAAGGCAAAUUUUUGAUUUCGAACUUCCAGAAGAUGUUAGAUUAUUUGCAGGAUUUGUAUUUGUAUCUUCACCCCAUCGCCAUAAAUCUUCUAAAUGGUAUGUUCCUCUUAGUGAAUAUCCAUACCAUUUGUGGCCACCAUAUAUUUCAGCUGGUGCAUACAUACUGUCUAAAGAAGCUUUUUUGGAUAUGUAUUAUACUAGUUUUUAUACUAAGCAUUUUAGAUUGGAUGAUAUUUUUUUAGGCUUAGUUGCAAAAAAGGCACAUAUUGAACCUUUUCAUUGUGAGGAAUUUCAUUUUCGUAAGAAGGAUUAUACAAAAUUCAAUUACAAAUAUGUAGUAACUUCUCAUGGAUAUGGAAAUCCAAAUGAAUUAUUGAAUGUAUGGAAUGAACAAAAAGGUCUUGGUAAUGCUUAA